AGAGAAAGCAUAACACUAUCCCUGUUGGACAAUGGACACCUGUGCAAACUGGAUCCAGAAACAUUGUUGUUGCGCACCGGUUUGAGCUUGAACAUUCCCUUGGUGUGACCUGAAAUCUCAGUCAACAGCAUCGUCGUUUCCCAGAGACAUCGCCCUGAAAAGUUUAGCCAUGUAUGCUGUCAUAACCUUUCAAGAUACAGAUGAAGUGAUGGUGGCAGCAUCAAAUUGGUUGAACACAGACAAGACACAAUGUCAUUGGCCUCCCUUCAGAUCAGAAGAAAGAUCAGUGCAAGCUGUUAAAGACAGAACUGAGCCUUCAACAGCAGGAAAACCAUGGGAGAUGUUAAAUAUAAUCAUUCAUGCUGAAUAUGACACGUAUGCGGCUGCUAAAAAGAAACAAGAGGAACAGAAAGCUCAGAAAGAUGCUAUGUAUGCAGUCGUUACCCUGCAAGAAUCAAAUGAGCUGACUGUGAUACCAACAAACUGGUUGAAUGAACAAAAGACACAAUGCCACUGGCCUUUACUUAAGUCACCUAAGAUGUGCACAGUAGCUGUAAAGAAAAGAAUUCAACCUGCAAGAGGAGAAAUAGUAUGGGAGAUGCUACAAAUAGAUUUUCAUGAAGAACAUGCAACUUAUGAUCAGGCUAUUGAAAGAGAAGCACUUAUAGAGGAGAGUAAACGACCCUCUACAUCUUUUGGAUCUCUUGAAAAUCAAAACCCUCCACUGCUGCCAUCACUGCCCAUCUUAUCAGUAAUGUCAACUGAUGGCGCUUCCACUCCCACAAGUGAUGGUAAAAGAAAACGAGAAGAGUCACCAGAUAUCAAAGUGCAGUCACGUCUGGCUACAGAUACGGACAUAAGAAAGAAAGCAGAGCAUAUCAUUGGGAGAGUUAAUGAAAAAGUUCAGGCCGUAAAGAGUAUAGAUCGCACAAUUAUUGCUUUAAAAACAUACAUUGUACAUGCUAUUUCAAAGAUUGAAAAGAUGGAUAAAGACAGAAGGAAGGCAACCAUUGCGGUUUUAGGAAGGACAGGAGAAGGAAGCUCUUUAUUAAACGCAGUACUGGGAGAAAAGUCUUUACUGCCAACUGGUGGUUAUGGUGCAUGUACAGCUGUUAUAACACAAGUGGAGGCAAAUCUGAAUGACUCCAACUACAUAGCAGAGAUUGAUCUCAUUUCUAAAGAGGAAUGGGAAAAUGAAAUAGCAUCAAAUGAAAAUGAGGAUGGGGGAAACGAAAUGACAGAAACUAUAAAAGUAAGGAUCAUUGCCGUGUUUGGAGCUGAUGCAGAAGAGAAAACAUUAGAGGAGCUGAAGAAAGAUGACAGAUAUGCUCAAAUUAAUAAUGUUCUGUCUACUAAGAAGAAAACAAUUUCAAACCCGAAUAUGUCUGAUUUUACUAAUGAUAUUAACCAGUACAUCAAAAAUUGUUUGGCAAAACCUGGUGGCAGGUACUGGCCACUUGUGAAUUGUGUGACAAUCAAGGUCCCAAACUGUCGUGAUCUCCUGGAACACAUUGUCCUUGUUGAUAUUCCUGGGACUGGAGACUGUGACAAGAUCCGAGAUGACCUCUGGAAAACUAAACUAAAAGACUGCUCAUCUGUGUGGAUUGUAAGCAAUAUUGGACGAGCAGUUUCAGAGAGAGACCCGUGGGAACUAUUAGAGCACUGCAUUCAAGAUUUGCAAGGAGGCGGAGAGUGCAAACACAUAAACUUCAUCUGUACCAAGACUGAUGACAUUAAUCCAGAGGAACAUCUAGAACAAAAAUGUGUUACCAAUGAAGAAGUAAAGAAAUCAACGAGACAAAAGUGCAUACUUGUUAGAAAUUCCAAUGCAAAAAAAGAACUGAGAAGAAAAUUACAGAAAUCUCAAAACCAGGAUUCAAAAAAGAGAUUCAUCACUGAUGUUUUUACUGUAAGUUCUAAGGAAUUCUUUGAAAAAACUCCAGUUCUGGAAGCUACAGAAACAGAGAUCCCAAAGCUGCAGAAUGUUCUGAGGAGCAUUAACAAAAACAUAAACCAAAAACUGACCAGUGCUUAUGUCGAUGAAGCAAAAGGAGUAUUGUAUGUUAUCCAACAGGAUACACAAACAAAAUCCAGAGCUCUUGAAGAUCUGAAGCAGGACUUAGAGGAGGCACUGGUUGUGGCACUGGACAAGUUGAAUUGUCGUUUUGUCUCACUUUAUGCGGUUUUGGAGGAAUGCCUCUCAAAGGGUGUAGAAGAAUCUGUGAGAUUAUGUGUUCAAACCACACAUGACAUGUUAUCAUCUCUUCGACCAAAACCUGACAAAGAACUCCAUAAUCGAGCUCAGAGCUAUAGAGCUAUGUGUAUGAAAAGAGGAUACCACUGGCCAAAAAACUCAGAAAAACCAAUGAAUUUAAACAAUUAUUUGACCAAACACAUGUAUGACAACAUUGAUGAGCAGUUUAAUUUGAUUUUUCUUGUUGAGGACAGUGACAAGAAAGACAAACAGAAGACAGAGAAAUCAAUGCAAGACAUGCUUGAUACAUUCAGCAUCCUCAAGGAUGUCUCCCACAUACCAGCAUGGCAACAACACAUCAUUAAAACAAAGGAAAAUACAUUGAAGGCAUCACUUAGCAGACACAUUAUUGAGACAAAGAAGGAAAUUUACUCAUCAAUCCAAAAAAACAUUCAGAGUAAAAUGACUCCUGGCUACACAGAAGCUGCAAAGGAAAAAGGAACAAACUCCAUUGAGAGAAUGAAGAAAAAAGUAACAGAAACAAUUGAGGAGUUAAAGCCUAUAAUGUUCAGUGAGGCAAAAGUGGAAGUGAUGGCAAUGUUAAAAAAUUGA